GGCCUUUUUCUGCUUUUUCUCCUCUUUUUCGUCCCGGGUGUCGCGGGGGCCAUGGACGAGAGGAGCCUGCACCUCAGGCAGGUGCUGAACAUGACGCCCGACGGCCCUGUGGUCGAUGUGGAGGUCCAGCAGAUGGGCAGCAGCACUGCAAAGAGAGAAGAUAUUCAGCUGAGUGUCCUGCAGAUGCUUAGCAGACUUAAUACUGCGAUCGAAGACUGUACAUGGUUGGAGUUCAACGAUCCUUUCUUGGAAAGGAAUGUGCAGUCCAUUUCUGUUGUGGAUACAGAGCUAAUAAAGAAAACCCAAGAGCUUCCCGUUGCCUUGAACAGUUGUUCUUUCUCAAUUCACAUCUACCAGCUGAACGAAGAAGGACCCAGCAGCGAAAACUUAGAGGAAGAGAACGAAAAUAUUAUUGCCGCAAGCCACUGGGUGCUACCCGCUGUUGAAUUCCAUGGCCUUUGGGAAAGUCUGGUCUACGACGUCGAAGUUAAGUCCCACUUGCUGCACUACGUGACCACAACAUUAUUAUUUUCUGACAAAAACGUUGACAGCAACCUCAUAGCCUGGAAUCGAGUUGUUCUGCUACACGGGCCCCCAGGAACCGGCAAAACAUCCCUGUGUAAAGCACUAGCUCAGAAACUGACCAUUAGGCUCGCAGACAGGUACAGAUACGGGCAGCUGAUUGAAAUCAACAGUCACAGUCUCUUCUCUAAGUGGUUUUCUGAGAGCGGAAAACUAGUAACAAAGAUGUUUCAGAAGAUUCAAGAAUUAAUCGAUGAUAAGAACGCCCUCGUGUUUGUGCUGAUUGAUGAGGUAGAAAGCUUAACUGCAGCCCGAAAUGCCUGCAGAGCGGGCACGGAACCUUCAGAUGCCAUCCGAGUGGUGAAUGCCGUUUUGACCCAGAUAGAUCAGAUUAAAAGGCAUUCAAAUGUCGUUAUACUGACAACUUCAAAUAUCACCGAGAAGAUCGACGUGGCCUUCGUCGACAGAGCGGACAUAAAGCAAUACAUCGGUCCUCCGUCUCCCGAGGCGAUCUACAAAAUCUACCUUUCUUGUUUGGAUGAAUUGAUGAAGUGUCAGAUCAUAUACCCUCGAGAGCAGCUGCUGACUUUGAGAGAGCUCGGUAUCCUGGACUUCAUUGAAAGCACCGUGUCGAAAACGAGUAUCAUGUUGAAUGAAAUUUCGAGGAAAAGUGAAGGACUGAGCGGUCGAGUCCUGAGGAAACUCCCUUUCCUAGCCCACGCCCUCUACAUCCAAACUCCUACCGUAACAAUAGAGGUGUUCCUUCAAGCUCUGUCUCUGGUGGUGGAAAAGCAGUUUGAAGAGAGAAGACGACUCGCGGAGUGCAUUUGUGAUUCUGGUUAGUUUGACGGGUAGUUCACCUCAAUGGUGCUUAGCUUCACGUCCGGUAAAGCACAACCAUUGUAUCGUGAUGUAGACUUGUAAAAAUGCACUUGCCUUGUUUUAAAUUUGUAUUAGGAGGCACAGGAAGCAGUAAUUUAUUUUCACCAGUUUGAGAGAAGUGUACAAAGGGAGUUAAUAUCAAAAUUUUGUUCAGAGCCGUAAAGGAAAAAAAAAUCCAAAUUGUCUGGAAACUGAUUUUCCUGAACAUUUCCCUCUUUUUUAUGAGCAUAUAACAAACUGGCUCGUUCUAUGCUCUUUCACCAAAAUAAACUGGCUCGUUCUAUGCUCUUUAACCAUAGCGUUAGUGCCAAAUGUGUUUGUUGUUAAACCUCUGAAAAAGAAAAAUCGAUGUAACUGCCAGAGUUAUUUUUAAGAGAAAUGCUGUUCAAGGUGAAAAGCCUUUCAAAAGUGGCAUUAUUUUUAUUAUUGCAAAGAUGCUUUGAAGGCUGUACAUUGUAUUUCAAAAGUGGAAAAGCCUGUAUAAUUUUUAUAUUUGAGGAAGGGACUGUACGUGAAAGAGUGUUCUUUAAUGCAUGCAGCGUAUUCAAACUAAGGUAACAAAAGAGGUGCCAGUCGUUAAUGUAAAAAUGGAGAUGUGUAUUUACUCUUAACAUACCUCAAAACCUUGUUGGCAAACCAACAUAGUUUUAGAUGAGAGUGCUAUCUGUUUUUAGGUUGUUCCGUAUUGUUCUUCAGUUCCCAAAAACCCGAUUAAAAUGUACUGCUUAUAUGUGAUCACAGUAGGAGGUCACCGUACUCAAGUAUUCCCCCCCCCUUUUUUUUUUUAACUUUUCACUUCAGAAUAAAUGCUUUUCUCUUUAGAAUAAAUAAAUUCUCCCUUGACAUUUUGGAUGUAACAGCUGCUCUUUGGAAAAGAAAAUCCUGGCUUUGUUAUGGAUCUGUUGGUGU